UUGUGUCGUUUUGAGUGUCUCAGCCACCCCAUGUUUGACACGCUUCAAUUGUUGUACAAUCCAUUUUUCAGCUCACAUUGAAAGCAUCAUUCAUAAAGAAUCCAGACAAGUGCAAUCCGGCUCUGUUCGUGUGCAGAUUGUGACGCAUUUCAUUUGCUCCAUAUUAGCUUCGUCUGGCUACCGAGACUACCUGCUACUAGGUCAGUAGGUGCCCUAUCUGUCUCGAGCCACCUAAAUCCCCCCUAACAAACGCCUGCUAACCCCGAGCUCAGCUGUCCGUAUCAGCCUAACACCUAAAUCUCCACGAUGGCUCGCUGGUCCGAACUUGACACCGAUGAGGAGCGCUUGCCCGAAGGCAUGAAGCGCAUCGGGUACGACGCUGACUCCCAGAAGUACACAUUCCGCGACGCCGAUGGCUCCAUUUGGGAGAGUGCCUCGGGGAAUCGCUACGGCCAGCUCCGGCGGGUGACGACCAAUGCAUCGACAGCCUCUACCUCCUCGCGCAACGAAGACGACGAGAGGACACUGUUCGAUGACGAUGGCAGCACGCUCUACGAAAUUGACGACACCAAGCCAACCCGGCCCACGGCUAAUUUUACUGACUUUGGACUGGACGAUGAAUCCGCCCGUGAGGCUUCGUGGCGUCAAGAAUCCGCCCGUGAGGUUUCGUGGCGUCAAGAAAUGAGGCCGUUGUUGAACUGGUUCUUGUUAGUCGGCCUAUUCCUCCUCGCCGUGAUGUGGUUCAUCAGCGGCGGCUCCAAGGACCGCACCGAGGUUGUCCGGAGCUGCGAUGAUGGUGCCACUCCCUACAUGAUCAAGGCUGACGAUACAUGCUGGGCUAUUGCAGAGGCCAGGUCCGUCAGUCUCGACGAUCUAUUAGAGAAAAACAAGGGUCUUGAUUGUGACAUGUUGUCGAUUGGCCAGACUAUCUGCGUGCCAGCAGCUUAACCUACCUAGGUCCCUUUGGGCGUACAGAUCUAUUGAAGCGGCGGUGUCCAGCCCCUAUUCAAGUAGAUGCCAUUGUUUAUGCUUGCAUUGCUAUCAUGCGUGUAUUUAAAUCACAGUUUUUUUUUUUCUUUUUCUUUUUUCUUUUUUUGUCUUGUGCAUGGGCCAUUCUGAUACGGUUUGAAUUUGUAUCAAUUUACACUAUGUCGAAUAUCAACAUUAUUGUGGCGAUGUCGUAUGGCGGCAUACCUGGUCCUGUUUAUGCAGCAUGCGCUGGCGCAACUAUCCGAUCCUGAUGUGUAGACCAGUCUACAUAGCGUGGGGAAAGGAGAAAAUGUCAUUCAUACUCAAUGAACAAGAUUCUUCUACCUAGUUUUCAUGCAUUGUCGCCGCUUUGGAU